AUGAGAUUCUCGACGAGGUUCACGCCGGAGGUCCUUAUCGAGGCCCCUCGUCGGGGUCCGGCCGUCGCCAAUCCAGAUGGCACAAAAGCUCUCUUUACUUGCUCAACCCACACAAUCGGGGGUGAGACCGUCAAGGAAAUAAAGGUUCUUGACAUACAUACAGGAUCAUCACAGCUUCUCACAGCUAGCAACAAGGCACAUGACGCAGCCUGGCUCGAUACGAGUUCGGUCGCCUACCUUCAAUCUGCAGAGAAGGGCAGCACGGAAUUGAGGGUUGCAAAGCUGCAAGACAAUGAGAGAGGUGGUGUUUCGGGUCAAGACUCGGCUGUCAUCGCCACAUUCCCUGGCCCAGUCCUGAACCUGAAGCUGAGGGCAUUGGACGAUGACAGCGUGGCUGUUGCGUUGGUCGGCAGAGUCGACUCUAGUGGGCAGUUGUUCAACGAAGAGACCGAGGAGAGAACAAGCUCAGUGAGAGUAUACAACGAUUUCAAUGUUCGCUUAUGGGACAAGUACCUGAAGCCGCAGAAGUACACGAUCUGGUACUCUCGCCUGGUCAGAACUUCAACACCACUACGCGCUCAACGUGACGAUGCACAGCUGACUUCACCAUGGGUAAUGGACGGCUCAUUGAGAAAUCUACUCCCCCAUAACCCAGAGAUGGAGGCCCCGUUCGGCAUGGAUGACGGCCUAGGCGACUCCAUGAGCUCUUUCGACCUGGCUGAACGAGGAAUUAUCUUCACAGCAUGUGACCCGCAGAAUCGGAACCCGCUGUACAGAGUGACGACGAAGGUCUACAUUGUCCAUCUCAACUCGUGGUCAGCUCAUGAUUCACCAACAGUACCCAAGGAGGUCCCGGUUUUUGGAGACGAGUCAAGAGGGACCUGUUCCAACCCUCGCUUCAGCCGAGAUGGGCGGAUGGUCGCAUUCCUCAAGAGGCCAGCUGAGAGAUAUGAAGACAACAGACUGUACCUCGCAGAACUCGAACAGGGUCACAGCGAUGGGACGCAAGGGGCACGCUCUGCGACUGCCAUCAACGUCUGGACCAUGGUGACAGGGACGAAGUGGGAACUUGUGCCGGAUAGCUUUGAGUUCUCCGGCGACGGGCACUCCUUGUUCCUCACUGCGCAAGAUCACGGCCAAGUCGCGCUGUAUCGGCUGAGCUUGCAGCCCAACGCAGUGCCGCAGAUAGUGCUCAGAAACGGGUCCGUGUCGAGGUUUCAGUCACUGGCCGACGGAUCCCCGGAGAAGCUCCUCGUGACGACAACUACUUUUGUGGAAACUUCGCUCUAUCAAAUUGUCGACGGGUCUGGCAGGUCUGAGGUCAAAGUCGUAUCGUCAGCUUCGCAGAACGGUGCUAAACUAGGUCUGUCCCCUGAGCAGAUUGGAGAAAUCUACUUUCAAGGCGCUGGUGACUACUUCGUGCAGGCGUGGGUCAUCAAGCCUCGCAACUUCGAUACGUCCAGGAAAUAUCCUCUCUGCCUCCAUGUUCAUGGCGGUCCUGCCUCCGCUUGGAAUAACGGAUGGAGCACCAGAUGGAAUCCGGCGGUCUGGGCUGAGCAGGGCUACAUUGUAGUCGCCCCGAACAUCACAGGUUCGAUCGGGUUUGGGCUUGAACAUACUGAAAGAGUAUUCGGCUCAUGGGGAGGAAGUCCGUAUGAGGAUCUUGAGAAGUGUGUGGAGCAUAUCAGCGACAUGCCCAAUCUUGAUCUUGACAACGCCGUCGCGGCAGGUGGAAGCUAUGGCGGAUACAUGAUGCUGUGGCUUCAGGGCCAGAGUUUAGGACGAAAGUUCAAAGCUCUUGUCUGCCAUGAUGGCAUCUUCCACCUCCCGAGCUUCCUCCUUGAGAGUGACGUGAAUAUUGGCACAGAGGACUUCAGGGGCACCCCUUACAUCUGGAACAACAUCGCGGAGCUGGACAAAUGGAAUCCUGCGCGUCCAGACCUCUUGAGAAAAUGGAAAACGCCAAUGCUCGUCGUGCACUCUGACCUGGACUUUCGCUGUCCCGUCACCGAGGGCAUAGCUGCAUUCAACACUUGCCAGGCGCUCGGUAUCCCCAGCCGCUUCAUCAACUUUCCGGACGAGAAUCACUUUGUUUUGAAGGAGGAAAAUUCUCUUCAAUGGCACCGGGAAAUACUUGCGUGGAUCAACCACUAUUCUGGAGUUUCCAACGGAACAGACAAUUUCGCGAAGUAAAACUUCCCCGGACAGACACCUGGCAGGCCUGUUGUACUGUCUACCAGCCGCAGCAGUACGAACCGAUGACCCUCCUUGAGCUGAACCGAUGGAGUCUUGCCACCCGAGCCUGAUUUGAUCAUUGAUUAGAUCUUUUCGACGCCGCAUUACGAAUUACAUUGCAUGUUUGCAUUGUGAGGAAAACAGGCAACCCCAUCUUGGCCGGCACAUGUCAUCAUCCAUCGAUCUUUCAUGUCCAAGUAAUCACAAAAUCGGCCUUGGAUCGUCCGUGAUCUCGCAGCUAUGCGUUGGGGCGUCCAUGAAGACAUCUUUCAGGAUUAUUCUGCCGGCCAGAUCCAAACUUUCAUGGUGUGGUUUCAAGUGAAUAUCCAGUUGCAGGGUGCAAGUCCAGGCACGGCUCCAGGGGGAAAGAGGGGAUGGGACUCAUUGAUAGGAUAUAUAAUAACCAUGGUAGCGUGUUGUGGGGAAGUUGACGGUAAUUUAUUUCGGACC